AUGGAGUGUGCCUUGAAUGACUACAACCUUCGAGAUACUGAGCUAAGGCUUGGGUUGCCUGGCACCGGUGAUAUAUCAGAGAAAUCGAGUGCCACAAGGGGUAGUAAACGAGCCAAAUGUGAAAAUGAAAGUCUUGCGAAGAACAAAUCCUUUGAAGGGGUCUCCAAUAGCGAAAGUAGUCAAGAAACACCAAGAGCAAAGGCACAAGUAAUUGGAUGGCCACCGAUACAAGCUUAUCGUAGAAACAACUCGGGCUCGUUUCAACUAAAGGAGGACGGGCAAACGAUGGGCUUGUACGUGAAAGUAAGCAUGGAUGGGGUUCCUUACUUGAGAAAGAUAGAUCUCAAAAUGUAUAAGAGUUACAAGGAACUCAAAGAGGCCUUGAACAAUAUGUUCAAAUAUUUUUCUUUAGGUGAGUAA